AAAAGGGGAAAAAAAAAAAAAAAAAAAGGCUGUCAACAUGCCAGCAUACAGCUGGGACAGAAUGCUAAAGUUUGCUUCUCUCAUUCCACGUCAUGAUUAGUUUUUGUGUUAGCAACAUACAGACAACCUCAACUCUUGACUAGUUUUGAUAUCUAGAUCCACAACGUGGACUUAUUUCCAAUCCUGUACUACUAUUUUUCUUGAGGCAUUGCCGUAACAGUAAGUCUUAAAAUGUAUUAAUCACAUUGAAGUCUGUUAGUUUAACAGUAGAAAUAAAAAAGUUGGUUCACAUUAGACUUAAUUAGAACUUACAGCUUGCAUUACUAAAAAUGAUGUGAAACAUACUUACAGGUUUUUUUGCUAGUAGUUUUGGGAUGACUACCACGAAUGAAGCUACCUUGUUUCAGCAGACAGUAUUAGCAACGUUUUCCUGGAUAUAUAGUUGUACAGAAAUUGAGACAGGCUUUCUACCCCUAAAGCAAGAUUUUUAAACAUCUACAAAAAUGAAAACUUGAAAUGCAGAUGAAAGGAACACAAGGUGCCCACUCAGCUGUCUUCAGGUUAAUGAAAAACAAAUGAGAGAUUUCUGCUCACACUUUUCCAUCUCCUCAAGAUGAAACAAGCUGUUUGUAUGGGAUGCACUUAACAUCUGGACAGCUGCUUUUAAACAUAUCCACACUACAACAAUUACUUCAAGUUUAUCUUCCACAGUUUCUAAAGCAGAAAUAUCAUGACAUGAAAUUAAAAUCCACCCAAAUUAUGAUUUCCUCUCACUAUAUAAUAAAACGCUUAGGUACUGGACAAACAUUCUUACCAAAAGGAAAAAAAAACCUUUUUGUUUUAAAGAUAAACUAAUUGGACUAUUGGUUUACCUGUGGUUCCCAUCUCAAAGCUUCUUGUCUGAGAACAGGUUUAAUGAUUACCUUUUAUAACCUCUGUACUUAAGCUGCUGUUGCUUCUGCAUAUUCUAGUUUCUGUGUUGCUCUCUAACUGGCUGGUAAAUCUAACGGGAGAAAAGAGAAACACUAUACAGAGCUCCCUGGAUCCCUGAAUUACACCAAGGAAAUACAAAUAAGAUAUUUCAACAAGUAAAUCAAAUGGGUGAAGGAAGCUUGAGGAAAAGAAAAGAACAGGACAACAGAACAGAGGAUGGACAAUCCAUUCAGAGGCAGGAACCCCAAGCUAUGAACCUAAAAAAAGAGGUGGGCCUGAUUAGUGGAAUCUGUAUGAUCGUUGGCACAAUUAUUGGUUCAGGUAUCUUUGUUUCUCCAAAAUCAGUACUUGCCAAUGUUGGAGCAGUGGGUCCUUGUUUAACCAUCUGGGCAGUCUGUGGAGUUCUCGCAACACUAGGUGCACUCUGUUUUGCUGAACUUGGUACAACGAUCACAAAAUCAGGAGGAGAAUAUCCUUACCUUAUGGAGGCCUUUGGCCCAAUACCAGCAUUUCUGUUUUCCUGGGCGAGCCUGCUUGUCAUAAAACCCAGUUCUUUUGCUAUCGUAUGUCUCAGCUUUGCAGAAUAUGCAUCAGCUCCCUUUUAUCCAGGUUGUGAUCCACCUCAAGUAGUCAUCAAGUGCCUUGCAGCAGCUGCCAUUGUGGUAAUUACAAUAGUGAAUUCACUGAGUGUGAAGCUGGGAAGUUAUCUCCAGAAUUUUCUCACAGCUGCUAAAAUGAUAGUUGUGGCAAUCAUUGCUAUAAGUGGGAUUGUUCUCCUUGCACAAGGAAAAACCCAAAACUUUCAAGAUUCUUUCAAGGACAGUAAAAUUUCUAUUAGCUCUAUUGGUUUGGCAUUCUACAAUGGACUCUGGGCAUAUGAUGGAUGGAAUCAACUCAAUUAUAUCACAGAAGAACUGAAGAAUCCUUACAGAAACCUACCACUAUCUAUAAUUAUUGGAAUCCCCCUGGUUACAGUUUGUUACAUUUUGAUAAACAUUUCAUAUUUCACCAUAAUGACUCCAACAGAACUCCUGCAGUCCCAGGCAGUUGCUGUGACGUUUGGAGACAGAGUCCUUUAUCCAGCCUCCUGGAUAAUUCCUCUCUUUGUGGCCUUUUCUACAAUUGGAUCUGCCAAUGGGGUAUGUUUCACUGCAGGCAGACUUGUUUAUGUAGCAGGCCGUGAAGGGCACAUGCUAAAGGUGCUCUCUUACAUCAGUGUUAAGCGCUUAACGCCAGCACCUGCUAUCAUAUUUUAUGGGGCUAUUACUAUUAUUUAUAUUAUCCCUGGUGACAUUAACACACUCAUAAACUAUUUUAGUUUUGCGGUCUGGAUAUUUUACGGUUUAAGUGUAUUUGGACUUAUUGUUAUGAGGUUUAAAAGAAAAGAACUCAAGAGACCAAUCAGGAUACCUUUGGUCAUUCCAGUUAUAGUGACAUUAAUAUCCAUUUUAUUGGUACUGGCACCAAUCAUCACCGCAGCUGAACUGGCCUAUUUGUACUGUGUUUUAUUUAUACUAAGUGGACUUAUAUUUUAUGUACUUUUCGUUCAUUACAAGUUCAAGUGGUCUCAAAAAAUAUCAGGUAAGCAUACCUCCUCAAUCGCCAUUCAACAGAACAUUCUUAAGCUUUACAGUAACUUAAGGUUAAAGUAACUACUCCAACAAAGCUCAUUUUAUGGUCCACCCCAACUAAAUUAUAUAGUGGAGGAAACAGAAAGGGAGGCAAUUUUCCAGACAGAGAAGUUAGUAAAGCUCACUGCCUGUCACUGAAGAGUGUUUUAUCCAUUUCUGCAAAAGAAAAGGAUGUCCAACUUAAAGCAACAAAGAAACUUAGUUUGCAGCUCUACACAUCGUAGUAGUAACACAAAGAAGCACUUUUUAAACAAGCAGAACUACUUUAACUGUAACGUUAGCUUUUCAGAAAGUUCCUCCAGUCCAUAAUUAGAGAGCAGCAAAUAUUCUUAUGACACACAGCACUUCGCUGUUGGCUCAAGUUAUCAGUUUUAUUAUGCUUACUAAGUACAACAUCAGCAUUAAGACCAAUAUUAAUCAGUGCUGUUGAGCAAACUGAAAGCUGCAAGCAGUGUGAUCAUUUAUAAAAUGAUUUUGCUUAAUCUCAAAAGGAACUCUUUAAUAAUCUCUCAAAAUGUGAUACGCAGCAAUUUCUAAGAGAAAACAGCUGCAGAAAGCAGAAUUAACAGUUCCAUAUACAAAAAGUGUUUCCCCAUCCUGAGUAAUCACCUAUUACAUAAUUAUGCAGAUAGAAACAGUUCACUCUAUAACAAGCAAGUUACCUAGAACACUUUAGCUUGUUUUGAUUUCCCACCCCUUAAUUUAAAUUUUAGAUAUGAAAAGACACACAACAACUUCAAAAAAUAUUUUUAACUAAGAAAAACGGUAUUAAUCUGAAUAUAAGUACUUCUUUUCCUGAUAAGGCUUCUAAUAAUUAAUUUCCUUCUCAGAGCCAAUCACUAUGCACCUUCAGAUGCUUUUGGAAGUUGUUCCACCAGAGGAAGUUGCUGAAUAAAAUAUUUUGUGUGAGAUGACGUGUUUUUAAGUGCUACAUCAGUUGAAGGAGAUUCCAUCCAGUUUGGGGCACACUUAAACUUUCUGAAUUGCUACGUUCAUACUAGUGGGCAGCAUUUUUGCAACGCUACUUAGUAUGUGAAGUAGAUUAAAUUUAAGAAUAAAAGAUUUCUAAGCCAAAUUAGUACACAGCAAAGCUUUUUUCAUUGUUUGCCAACACAUUAAGCUUGUCUUUCUCUUCUGCACUAGUAUCACUUAAAAUAAGGACUUCUCAAUUAAAAAGACGGUAAAACUUACCUGUAGCAUUUGGUCAGAACCCCUCUCUUCUUCCUGCUGAAAGAACAGAUAAGUACAGACAACAGCUCAUGUGCAGCAACAGCUACAAGACAUACAAAAACAGGAGAGACAAAAGCCAGACUACCUUUAGUUUCUCAGACCAGUGUUUACUGAUCACCAAAAAGUUGAAGACUGAGGAAGACAUCAAUUAAGACUUAAUUUCUCAGGAGAGUUUUCUCCUAUGCCAUCUAAGGAAUAGAACACCAAAUAAAUGCAACAGAAGCUAUCCCUCAGCAUGAACGUGACUUGACUUAAUAGGACUAACUUCACCAUUCUCGAAAUGCUCCCUUUGGUAGCUGCCAAAGAUGAAAUUGAAAAAAUAGAUACCACAUCUAUAUAUGUGAGUAUGCAGCUUUCAGCUUCUCUGGUCAAGAAACAGAUGGGUUUUUGGUUAAUCUCCUUUACUUACUAUAUACCCUCACAGUAAAUAGAUAAAGAAUUUUCUCAAGUAAUUUGUCAAUAUUUUUAAGUGAUUACUGUAAGAAAGACGGUUCAAAAUACUGAAAGGUAAGUCCUCAACUUUUAAGUACACUAUUUUAAAUAAAUAACACAACAAUGCUAAACAAAUGGCUUAAUGACAGAAGUUCAUACUAAUGAUAACCUAGUGAAUUCAACUAAGGAAGCUUUUUCUAUCAUACAGAAGCUACAAAGAAAUGAACAAAAAUCUUAUAUUCCUGCAUAUCUCAGUUUGCAUCUACCUGCAUGGAUGAACAACUCCAAAAGUACAUAUAAUGCAAUGAGUAACUUGGAGGAGACUUUGUGGUCAUGAAAAUAUCUCUACAUGCAGUCAGGGCAGAACAAACACAAAAAAAGCUCAAAAAUGACCAAGAAAAGCAAUGGGUAGCAAAAUAAAAUUCUCAUUCCAUUACAUAUGAAACAUAUACCAAAUACUGUGUUUUGUCCUACUCACACUGCUACUACUGCCUCUCUUAGUUGAGGAAAAUAUGACUUCAAAUGAAAGAACUAUAAAGUUUAGAGAAGAAUCAAAAAUACUUUUUUUUUUUUAAAUAAUGAAUGACUCCAUCCACUAUCAUUUUCAAGGCUAAAAAACAUACCUGAUUGGGGGCUGGAGAGGAAAAUGACAACAGAAGCCUUGUGUCUUACUUUACAAGGAAGUGGGAAAAGCAAGGUAUUUGUUAUUAUUGCAUCUUGAUGGUACAGGACAUCAAGACAACAGAGCAGGGAUGGCAUCAAAACACAGAAGUAUUUAAUACUACUGAGUUCCUCAGUGCAGGAGAAACAUUAGGAAUUGACAGCUCAAGAAACAGCAAGUUCAGAGAGAACCUCAUCCUCAUGAAAAUCCUGAUCAGAAAUUGCUAGAGGCCAAAAUAACAUUUCUGGAAAUUAAUGCUAUAUUCUUUACAUUGUUCUUCAUGUACUGGCUCUUGGAACCUAUUAAGAAUGCAGGGCUAAGAGACAGCUUCUGCUUUUACCUGAAGUAGGGUGCCCCACUUUUCAAACAAAGGUUAGAUAUUAUUUACUAUGCCUAUUAAAUAACCAUCAUAUACUGUAUUUAGAUAUCAGACAAGUCAGACAACAUGCACAAAGAAGGAAAACCUCCUGCCUCAUCACUAUUUCAGUCAUUUGACAGUCUCCUCUUCCCAUUACAAUGCAGUGCAAGAUCAAAAAUACAGAUGCAUCAGUUACUAAGUAACUACAUUUGAAACUACUGCAGCUUUGCCAGUAUCUAUUCUGAAGACAGGCAAAGCUUAUAAACUAAGCUCAACUGUAAUCAGAUUCCCAAUGGUAUUACAAUUUUUUAGACUAUGUGUUUCUUAAUAUUUAAGUGCUGCUACCACAACUUAUUGACACACCAGCUUUCCACUCACAUCAGAAGUACUGUUAAAUAUUCAGAAAUCUUAUGAUAUACAAUAUACAAAUUCUACAAAAAUUGUUAGCAUAUUAAAAAAAAAAAAUAAAAAAAA